AUGAGAUUAUUCAAUUCAAUUAUACUUUUAGCGGGUAUUCAAAUCCCAUUAGUCUUAGCCAAAUUAGUUCAAAAUGUUGAAACAUUUGACCUCAAUGAAAACUCACCCAUUAAAUGUUUCAACCUCGACUUGAUUCAUGGGAAAACUCAAUUAAAAGUCGAAGCCAAUGGAGUACCACACCAACAAUUGCCAUUGAAUGUUCAUCGAAAUACCAAACUUUUACAUAUGGAUAAAGAUAAAGGUGAUGACGAUUUCCAAGUUGAACUGCAAUCUUUCAAUAUUUAUGAAACUUUGGUUGAUGGAUUUGAGAAGGAAGAACUUAACCUUUAUGAACCAGGACAAUAUUGUGUUCUGUUCAAUGAAAACAAGGAAUACAUUGCAACAUUCCAUUCAAAAGUCACGUUGGUUGAAAACAUUGAUGUAAUUGAUAUUUCUAAUGAAGCUUAUAAACAUGCUAUCUCUGCUAUUAUUGGUGGAUUAAUUAUUGCUGGAAUUGUUGCCAAGUAUCAAAUUACUGGAUUAUCCAAUAUUUCUCCUAUUUCAGCUAGAAUUUUUUCACUUUUGGUAGUUUAUUUUGGUUUCAAUUCUGUGAUGAUGAUUUUGGAAUGGUACUGUUAUUAUAGCCCUUCCUCAUUUAGUUAUUUGUUUGUUGAAAACUAUUUCAAGAACAUUGUCGGUAGCAUUAUCACCUGUUGGGAUACUUAUGUCACUAUUAUGGUUUAUUUUGGAAGUGGGUUCAAAAACCUUGGCUACAAGGCUCCAUCUAAUACUUCUUGGGUGAAGAGAAUAAUCUUGGGAUCACUUUUAUUUGUGUCGGUUGCCUCAUCUUCUAAAAUCACAAAAACUGUUUUGAAGAGAUCGAUUAUUGUUGAUGAUAAACUCCAAGAUGUCUUUACUUAUUUUGAUCCAAAGGACUCGUUUUUGAAAAAUAGCUUUAUCUCAGCUGUUUUCAAUUCGAUUACGGUUAUUUUAGGAGCUGGUCUUUUGGUUUGUGUGACUGUUCUUCCAUUUGUUUAUGGAUAUGUCAUCUACAAUAGAUUUACCAGAACUGGUGAACAUGUGAAUCAGCAAUUGAUGAAAAAGACAUUGUUAUAUCAUGGAAUCUAUGCCUGGAUUAUUGGAUCGGCCUUGUACUAUUAUUUUGAUGCAAUGAAAUUGGUCGAGGAUUAUGUUCCUUUGGUUAUUUUAUGGCUGAUCUGGUACUCUGAGAGACCAUACGUUGCAUUAAAGGGUCUUGAAGAUGAUUUAGGACAUUUGAAGGGUAUAAAGGAGUUUUAUUUGUAA